ACGUGGGUGGUGUAUAUGUGUCUCCAUCCAAAAUGAAGCUUGAAGAAUCUGUGUCCAGCUCCAACAUCAUUGCCCGGCUGCUUCCACCGGAAGAUCCGAAUCCGCAAAAUGGAUCAAUCUCCGGAGCGGUGUUCAACAUAACAACCACCAUGAUCGGUGCCGGAAUCAUGUCCAUUCCGGCGACCAUGAAGGUUUUAGGCAUAGUUCCGGGGUUGGUGGUGAUCGUGUUGGUGGCACUGAUAACAGAUGUGACUGUGGAGUUUAUGCUAAGGUACACAAGUUCCGGUAAAUCCUCUACUUACGCUGGCAUGAUGGCAGAGUCCUUUGCCUCCAUAGGAUCCCUCGCCGUUAAGAUUUGCGUCAUCAUAUCCAAUUUGGGGGUCCUCAUCAUCUAUUUCAUUAUCCUUGGAGACGUGCUCUCUGGAAACGAGUCGAACGGAAUCACACACUUGGGUAUUCUACAAGAAUGGUUUGGCAUCAACUGGUGGACCUCUCGUGCUUUUGCUCUUCUUAUUGUUGCACUCUUCAUAAUGCUUCCACUUGUUAUGUUACGACGUGUUGAUUCACUGAAGUAUAGUUCUGCUAUAGCAAUCCUACUAGCAUUUGUGUUUGUUGUAAUAUGUUCAUCAAUGGCGGUUAGUGCAUUGUUGUCUGGAAAAACUCAAACACUAAGAAUAGUGCCUGAUUUCUCUCAAGCCACCGUCCUUGACCUUUUCACCACUAUCCCAGUGUUUGUCACGGGUUUCGGAUUCCAUGUCAAUGUUCAUCCAAUUAGAGCAGAGCUAGGAAAAGUUGCACACAUGGGUUUGGCUGCACGGAUUUCGUUGAUAAUCUGCGUGGCUAUUUACUUUGCUAUUGGUUUCUUUGGGUACCUUUUAUUUGGGGACUCCAUCAUGCCCGAUGUGUUGGUAAACUUUGACCAAAACUCCCAUACAAGUGCUGGUCGAUUACUCAAUACCAUUGUUCGGUUAAGUUAUGCACUCCAUCUUGCACUUGUGUUCCCAAUCAUGAACUAUUCCUUGAGGGCCAACAUAGAUGAACUAAUUUUCUCAAACAAAAAUAAGCCUCCCCUUGCAUCAGAUACCCCAAGAUUUGUGUCACUCACUUUGACUUUGCUAGCCCUCACAUACUUUGUGGCUGUGGCCAUCCCAAAUAUAUGGUUUUUUUUUCAGUUCUUGGGAUCCACAACCAUUGUUUGCACCUCAUUCAUCUUCCCUGCCGCAAUUGUUCUAAGGGACAUGCAUGGCAUAUCAAAGACAAAAGAUCAAGUGAUGGCAAUAGUGGUGAUUGUUUUGGCUGUAGGAACAAGCGGAAUUGCUAUAUGGACCAACUUGAAUGGUUCAGGGGCUGCUCAAUGAUUAACCAUGAUGCUAUAUAACACCCAGUCUUUUCAAGUUUUAGGGAAGCCUAGUGAACAGCUGCAUCAAUUUGGUCCUUAAUUUGAUUAAUUUAUCUUAUAGAAAUUAAUUUAAUAACAUUUAAAGGUGAGAUUGAGAAUUGCACAUCUUGUAUUUUGAAACUAUAGACGAUCCUACUUUGAUUCAAACACGAGUCUGCCUUGUUAGCUUUUAUUGGAGUUAGUACAUCAGGUUUAGGCAGGGUUUCAAUUUUAUCUAUUCAAAUAUUCAGCCAUGUGCCUCGUCGUAGCCACCAUUGAAUAUCAUCCUGUCUUGAGCUUCCUUUGAUGUAGUUGAGCUCCAUUAAAGAAUGACCUUUGUUAUCUCAA